GCGCUGCCAGCGGGACUCGGUCCAGAGCGGGGGGGACGAGGGAGACUCUCCUCUCCCCGCACAAGUUUGGACCUUCCGGGGGGUGGCGAACUCCCUCGUGGAUCUUAAAGGGCACAUGAGAGGGAGCGCGGAGCCCGGCAGCGAUCCGGAGCCCAGGAGCAGCCGCGCACCCGCGCCGGCCGGCCGGGAGGUCCCUUCCCGCACGGGACUUGAUGGAAAGUCUUGUUGGCUUGUUCUUCCCUUGCUUGUGGGACAGCACUUCACAUUUGGCAAUGGGUCAAGAGGACUAAGGGGCAUGUCUACUUCUGCUCAUGCUUCUUAAAGCUGCCAAACCAGGACCAAUGAAGAUGUUCACCAGGCUGCAGGUGCUUGCCCUUGCUUUGCUCUGCAAAGGAGUUUUCCUUUCCCUAAGUGACCAUAACUUUUUAAGAAAGGAAAUUAAGAUAGAAGGAGACUUAGUCUUAGGUGGUUUAUUCCCAAUUAAUGAAAAAGGCACCGGGACGGAAGAAUGUGGGAGAAUCAAUGAAGACCGAGGCAUCCAGCGCUUGGAGGCUAUGUUGUUUGCCAUUGAUGAAAUCAACAGAGACAAUUACUUGCUCCCAGGAAUUAAGCUUGGAGUUCAUAUUUUGGACACAUGUUCAAGGGAUACAUACGCGUUAGAACAGUCUCUGGAGUUUGUCAGGGCAUCUUUGACUAAAGUGGACGAAGCGGAGUAUAUGUGCCCCGAUGGAUCUUAUGCCAUUCAAGAAAACAUUCCGUUACUCAUUGCAGGUGUCAUAGGUGGUUCUUAUAGCAGUGUCUCCAUACAGGUUGCAAAUUUGCUGAGGCUAUUCCAGAUCCCCCAGAUCAGCUAUGCUUCCACCAGUGCCAAGCUGAGUGACAAGUCCCGCUAUGAUUAUUUCGCAAGGACGGUCCCCCCCGACUUCUAUCAAGCAAAAGCAAUGGCUGAGAUUUUACGGUUCUUCAACUGGACCUACGUGUCAACGGUUGCCUCAGAAGGAGACUAUGGAGAGACAGGGAUCGAAGCCUUUGAACAGGAGGCUCGCCUCCGGAACAUCUGCAUUGCCACCUCAGAGAAGGUUGGCAGGUCCAAUAUCAGGAAGUCCUAUGACAGCGUGAUCAGAGAGCUGCUCCAGAAACCCAACGCAAGGGUGGUCGUGCUCUUCAUGCGAAGCGAUGACUCUCGGGAGCUCAUUGCUGCCGCUAACCGAUUCAACGUUUCCUUUACGUGGGUCGCCAGUGAUGGGUGGGGGGCCCAGGAGAGCGUUGUCAAGGGCAACGAGCACGUAGCUUAUGGAGCAAUAACCCUGGAACUUGCUUCCCACCCAGUUAAAGAGUUUGACAGGUACUUCCAAAGCCUCAAUCCUUAUAAUAAUCAUCGCAAUCCCUGGUUCAGGGACUUUUGGGAGCAAAAAUUCCAGUGCAGUCUCCAGAACAGAAAGCCGCACAGAAAAGCUUGUGACAAACACUUAAAUAUCAACAGUUCCAAUUACGAGCAGGAAUCCAAGAUCAUGUUUGUGGUGAAUGCUGUGUACGCGAUGGCCCACGCCUUGCACAAAAUGCAACGGACACUGUGCCCCAACACCACCAAACUGUGUGAUGCCAUGAAACUUCUGGAUGGCAAGAAGCUGUAUAAAGAUUACCUACUGAAAGUUAACUUCACAGCUCCAUUUAACCCUCCCAAUGCUGCGGACAGCGUGGUCAAAUUUGACACCUAUGGAGAUGGGCUAGGCCGAUACAACGUGUUCAAUUUCCAGUACGCCGGAGGCAGAUAUUCCUACCUGAAGGUCGGUCACUGGGCAGAAAUCUUGUCACUGGACGUAGACUCCAUUCACUGGUCCAGAAGCUCUGUCCCCACUUCCCAGUGUAGUGACCCCUGUGCUCCUAAUGAAAUGAAGAACAUGCAGCCCGGAGACGUCUGCUGUUGGAUCUGCAUUGCCUGUGAGCCCUUUGAAUACUUGGCUGAUGAAUUUACCUGUGCAGACUGCGGGUCUGGGCAGUGGCCCACUGCUGACCUAACUGGCUGCUAUGACCUACCAGAAGACUAUGUCAAGUGGGAAGAUGCCUGGGCAAUAGGCCCUGUUACCAUUGCAUGUCUGGGUUUUAUUUGUACCUUCAUGGUCGUGGCAGUCUUUAUCAAGCACAACAACACUCCCCUGGUCAAAGCUUCUGGCCGUGAACUGUGUUACAUAUUACUCUUCGGGGUCUUCCUGUCUUACAGCAUGACCUUCUUCUUCAUAGCCAAGCCUUCUCCGGCCAUCUGCACCUUACGCCGUUUGGGGCUGGGAAGUUCUUUUUCAGUUUGCUAUGCUGCCCUCCUGACAAAGACAAACUGCAUAGCCAGAAUAUUUAACGGUGUGAAGAAUGGUGCUCAACGGCCUAAAUUCAUCAGCCCCAGCUCUCAGGUCUUCAUCUGCCUGAGCCUCAUCUUGGUACAGAUUGUGGUGGUGUCUGUGUGGCUCAUAGUAGAGUCUCCGGGCACCAGACGGUAUACUCUUCCUGAGAAAAGGGAGACUGUCAUAUUGAAAUGCAACGUCAAAGAUUCCAGUAUGUUAAUCUCCUUAACAUACGAUGUAAUCCUUGUAGUCUUAUGCACUGUAUAUGCUUUCAAAACAAGGAAGUGCCCAGAGAACUUCAACGAAGCCAAGUUUAUCGGUUUCACAAUGUACACAACGUGCAUCAUUUGGCUGGCCUUCCUCCCCAUAUUUUAUGUGACAUCUAGUGACUACAGAGUGCAGACCACGACCAUGUGCAUCUCUGUCAGUCUGAGUGGCUUUGUUGUGCUCGGCUGUUUGUUUGCGCCCAAAGUGCACAUCAUCCUCUUCCAGCCACAGAAGAACGUGGUCACUCACAGACUCCAUCUCAACAGGUUCAGCGUCAGUGGGACAGGAACCACUUAUUCCCAGUCAUCUGCUAGUACGUACGUUCCGACAGUCUGCAAUGGACGGGAAGUCCUAGAUUCUACCACCUCAUCUCUGUGAUUGUGACUCGCAGUUCAGUUCUCGAGCUUUUAGACUGUUAGACAAAAUUUGCACAUGUUGUGCACUCCAGAAAAAAAACAAAAAACAAAACUAGUACCUUUUUUAGAAACCGUAUAAUAAAUUAUUUUUGAGGACUGUACAGUAUAUAGUGACGUUCUAGAACUUUUUAGACUGAUUUUAGCGCCUCUGUUAUUAACAGUUCUAAGGGACAUGUAAAUAACCAUGGUUUACAGCGCACAUAUUUCUGCAGUGUUGACUCAGAAGUGGGAGAGUGAUUUGCUGCAAGCACAGUUGCAGUGUUAGGUGACUUUCUUUCCUAUGAAAUUUUUUGUAGCUUCUUGUUGUAAUUAACUUAGACUGCAUUUCUAUGUUAUAUAUAACAGUUACAUUAUGUGUAACAGAUUGUUUUCUCAGCACAAAACAGCAGUAUUAAUGUAAAGAUGCCAAUAAUAAAACUGUAAACAUUUGUCUCCGUGGUUGUCUUCCCUUCAUGGUAAUUAUGAUUCAAAGACAAUGGGCUAGAUCCUCAGCUGACAUGAACUCGCACUGUUCCACAUUCUGGCUCCGUGACUUUAAUUAGAG